GGCCAGCAGAGCCUGAGGAGUCAGCAUGGCAAAGAUCUGCACAGACCAGUCCGACCCGGCAACGACCCGGCAACGGCCGUUUCUCUGCACGCCUGAUGAUGAUCUGGACUCCAUCGAGAACGGAACCUCCAGGGCCAACUCAGAGUGUGAGGACAACUCGUCAGAGGUUCAGGGUGCUGUCUCUGUGUUAACCAGCAGAUACACAGAGUCUCACAGAGAUUCCUUUACAGAGUCAGGAGCCCUGGCCAGGCUCUCUCGCUUCCUGUUUAUGCUGCGGACCUGGGCCUCUCACAGGAUGCACCACGAGGUGGAGAGACCGGACUCCUUCCUGGAGCGCUUCAGGGGCCCUGAGCUCAAAGAGGCCUCCAGCAGAGAGAGCAAUGCACAGUCACUGGGAUACCCCGACAGAGUCCGCAAGAGGAAGAAAGAGAUUUGGAUCAUGGACCCAUCAGCAGACAAAUACUACAGAUGGCUCACCAUCAUCGCAGCACCAUGUUUCUACAACCUGAUGAUGCUAGUGACCAGGGCAUGUUUUAACGAACUCCAGAGCACGUACAUGACUCUGUGGAUUGUCCUGGACUACACUUCAGACUUAAUCUACUACACAGACACAUUCGUCAGGUGUAGAACAGGUUUUCUGGAACAGGGACUGCUUGUGAAAGACGACAAGAAGCUUAGAGACAAAUAUAAAUCAACGACACAGUUCAAAUGGGACAUGAUUUCAAUGAUACCCACAGACCUGCUGUUUCUGAAAGUGGGCUUCAACAACCCCGAGCUCCGACUGAACCGACUCGCGAAGAUGAACCGCCUCUUCGAGUUCUUUGACCGCACAGAAACCAGGACCAGCUUCCCCAACGUUUUCCGAAUCAGCAACCUGGUACUUUACAUCCUGAUCAUCAUCCACUGGAACGCCUGCAUCUUCUUCGCCAUCUCCAAGACCAUCGGGUUCGGCUCAGACUCCUGGGUGUACCCCAACAUCAGUCACCCUGAGCAUGGCCGCCUUGCCAGGAAGUACAUCUACUGUCUCUAUUGGUCGACCCUGACCCUGACCACCAUCGGAGAAACCCCGCCACCCGUCAGGGACUUUGAGUACCUCUUUGUGGUCACCGACUUCCUCAUCGGUGUGCUGAUUUUUGCCACCAUCGUUGGUAACGUUGGCGCCAUGAUCUCAAACAUGAACAAAACCCGUGCGGAAUUCCAGGCCAAGAUCGAUUCCAUCAAGCAGUACAUGCAUUUCCGUAAGGUCUCCAAGGAUCUGGAAGCCAGGGUCAUCAAGUGGUUUGACUACCUCUGGACGGAGAAGAAGACCUGCGAUGAGAAGGAGGUGCUGAAGAACCUGCCAGACAAGCUGAAGGCCGAGAUCGCCAUCAACGUCCAUCUGGACACCCUGAAGAAGGUACGUAUCUUCCAGGACUGUGAGGCCGGUCUUCUGAUUGAGUUGGUGCUGAAGCUGCAGCCUCAGGUGUUCUCCCCAGGAGAUUACAUCUGUAAGAAGGGAGACAUCGGCAGAGAGAUGUACAUCAUUAAGGAAGGGAAGCUGGCUGUGGUGGCAGACGACGGGGUGACACAGUUCGUGGUGCUCAGCGACGGCGCGUACUUCGGAGAGAUCAGUAUCCUGGGAAUCAAGGGUUCCAAGGCUGGCAACAGGAGAACGGCCAACAUCAGGAGCGUGGGUUACUCGGACCUCUUCGCCCUGUCGAAAGACGAUCUCAUGGAGGCCCUCACUGAGUACCCCGACGCCAAGAAGGCUCUGGAAGAAAAGGGAAAAGCUAUGCUGAUGAAAGACAACAUGAUCGACGAGGACAUCGCUAACGCGAGAGCCGACCCCAAGGACAUGGAGGAGAAGAUCCAGAGGCUGGAGAGCAAUAUGGAAACCAUGAUGACCAUGUUCGCCAAGAUCAUGGCUGAGUUCACAUCCAGCCAGAGAAAGAUUAAACAGAGGAUCACCAACAUAGAGUCAACAGUCAAGUCAGUCCGGCCCGAGGAUAUAUCUGAAGUGGUGGCCGACAACAAGACUCAGUAGUCCCACAACGCAACGUAUUUAACCAGAGACUUGUUCUAUUUAACCUUUAUUAUGACAGGGAGCCAUGCUGAGACCAAUGUCUGAGAUGUCUCUUUUAACUUAAAAAAUAUACACAUAAUAUGCGAAAAGCGAAACAGAGAUACAAAACACAAUCAUACAAAACACAAUCAUACAAAACAAACACAUUCUUCAGUAAAAAGGUCCUCAAUCAGCCAUCUGAAUUGCCCAAGAGGCACCAAAUGAUCAACAUUUUAGAGAGUAGGCUGGCCUAAACUAAAGCAGAUUUACCUAACUCAGUGGAGAUUGAAGGGAUCUCCAGAGUAAGCCAUCGAAUGAGAUCGGGUCUGGCAUCUCGUACGUCUGUAGGUUAACAAUUAAGUAAGGUACUGCGGAAGUGCAAUGCAUCGAUCUACGAGUUUUCAAAAGAGGGCCAGCCUACUUUAAGCUGAUGGUACACUACAAAAAAUGUUUGGGCAAUAUUGCAGAGCAAUGCUGCUAGCAAUGGUUGCUGCAACUUUUUUCCUUUGAAAAUGAGCAACUUUUUGUUAUCUGGGGAGUUUUGAUUGGCAGUGCCACAUAGUAGGCCAUUUUUUUUUUAAUUCUCCAAUCAGUGCGCAGAUAUUGAUCAUUCUAAACUAUUUUGGAAAACAUGGCGGACAUUUUGAGCUGAAGUGAAAGAAAAUCCACUCCCGUUUUGAAGUGAUCCUCUGUGUGGUCCUCUGUAGCUCAGCUGGUAGAGCACGGCGCUUGUAA